AUGAAGGCUGUCGUGGCCGAUGUCUGGGACUACAAGCGGACGUUUGCUCAAGAAGCACACCUCGGCGACGCUCUCGGCGUCCUGACGCCGGAAGAACGUGCCUUGCGCCGUGCGGCCAGGAAGGCGUGCCAUCGUCGUUCUGCCCGGCGCAUCUUUGAGGCUCUCAAAAAAAACUCUGGCGUGUAUGUCAAGAUCGGCCAGCAUGUGGCGGCCGUGCAAGUGCUCCCAAAAGAGUGGACCGAGGCGAUGACGCCUCUUCAGGAUCAGUGCUUCCCGACUCGGAUCGAAGAUAUCGACGCAAUGCUCAAGGAGGACCUGGGCCUUGGCAUCGACGACCUCUUUGUCGACUUUGACCCCCGCCCCAUCGGAGUUGCGUCGCUUGCCCAGGUCCACCGCGCAGUCGACAAGCGCACUGGCAGGCCGGUAGCCGUCAAGUUCCAGCACGCCGACCUUGAAGAGUUUGCACUUAUCGACAUGGCCACGGUCAACUUUGCCAUCAACUUUGUCAAGCACGUAUUCCCCGACUUUGAGUUUGGCUGGCUCGGUGAGGAAAUGAACGAGAUGCUGCCACUCGAGAUGAACUUUCGUCAUGAGGCCGCCAACUCUAUGCGCUGCCGUCGCGACUUUCAACACCUCAAGGGCAAGACGAGCCUCUAUCUCCCAGAGAUCCUGUGGGCAGAGCGUCGCUGCCUUGUGAUGGAGUAUAUCAGCGGCGUGCGCGUCGACGACCUCUCCUUCCUGCAACAACAUAGCAUCGACCGCAACCAGGUCAGCAAGGAGCUUUCGCGUAUCUUCUCGCAGAUGGUUUACAUCAACGGUUUCUUCCACGCGGAUCCACACCAUGGUAACAUUCUCAUUCGCCCCAGAGCUCCGGAGUCGUCCUCGCCCUACAACUUUGACAUUUGCUUGUUGGACCACGGGCAGUACUUUGAUGUUCCAGCCGAUCUCCGCGUCAACUACGCCCGCUUUUGGCUCGCCCUGAUGCGGCCACAGUCCGAGGAAACCACACGUCUUCGCAAAAAGUACGCUCGACUGGUUGGGAACAUUGAGGACGAUAUGUACCCUUACCUAGAAAGCGCCAUCACUGGUCGUGUUAGCAUGGAGGACUCCAUCAACGAGAAUCCGUCCAGCUCGCUGCUGGGCGAGAGUGACUCUGCUGCGCAAGAGCUCGACAAACUUCGGUCAGCCGUCAUGGACCGUGACGGCCUCAUUGCUGGUGUCUUUGAACUGCUUCGCCGAGUGCCGCGCCUUUCCACGACCCAUAGCGCGCACCGCAUCUACAUCAUCAUUGGACAGUACUGCACCCAAGCAGUCUGGGACGCAGACCGCGAGACGAUUGGGCGCGAGUACGGACAGAUGGGUCUGUCGAUCCCACUCAUACGCCAAAUCGUUGGUGCAUGGUGGACCUACGCCUCUAACAGCAUUUUCUUCGGUGUACUGGGUUGGGGAAUGGACGUGGAUGCCAGGUGGCGCAAGAUUUCUCACUGGCUCCAUGGCUUGACGCACGGAGGUCUCGAGACAGCGUCAUUGGAGGUGGCGGGCCUCAAGGCCUAA